CAGCCCGGCGCGGCAUCCACUACAGGCCGGUGUGGCGUUCACCUCAGCCCGGCGCGGCAUCCACCACAGGCCGGUGUGGCGUUCACCUCAGCCCGGCGCGGCGUUCACCUCAGCCCGGCGCGGCAUCCACCACAGGCCGGUGUGGCGUUCACCUCAGCCCGGCGCGGCGAUCACCUCAGCCCGGCGCGGCAUCCACCACAGGCCGGAGCGGCGUUCACCACAACCCGGCGCGGCGUUCACCUGAGCCCGGAGCGGCGUUCACCUCAGCCCGGCGCGGCGACCACCUCAGCCCGGCGCGGCGACCACCUUAGUCCGGCGUGGCGACAGCCACAGGCAGACGCAAAUGGGUCCCAGAAAACCCCAGACAGCUGAAGAAGGCUGUGACCUCAAGAAAUCGCUUGAUUUCCUUGCAGAGGAAAUUUCUGCUAUCAAGAUGCAACAAAAGAGCAUUCUGGACUUCACUGAGGAGAUGAAAGUUUUGAGAGAUUUCCUUGCGGAAGAGAUUUCUGCUGUCAGGUCACAACAAAAAGGCAUUCUGGACUUCAUUGAGGAGGUGAAGGUUUGGCGGGUCCAGAAGCAAGAGCAGGACCAGAAGAUUGCCUUUCUGGAAAGAAGGGUGAUGGAGCUUGAACAGUAUACACGGAUGAAUGAUGUGGUAAUCACAGGCCUGAGCGUCAAACCCAGAUCAUACGCCAGAGCUGUGACCACCAACAGAGACGGAGAGCCAGAUGAACAAGACAUCAGCUCUGUGGAGCAACAAGUUUUGGGUUUUCUAAGGGAAAAAGGAAUCCAGCUGGACUGUGACGGCAUCGAGGCUUGCCAUACUUUGCCUAGGAAAAAUGUGAAGGAUAAACCAGCCAUUGUUAUGAGGUUUGUCAAUAGAAAGCAAAAGGCUGCUCUGCUGAAACAGGGCAGAAAGCUGAGAGGAACAGAUGUUUAUAUAAACGAGCAUCUUACAAAACACAAUGCUGAUAUAGCAAAACAAGCACGUUACCUAAAGAAAAGAGGAAAAAUACAAAGCACCUGGACAACUAACUGUAAAGUGUUCAUCAAGCUCAACGGGAGCCCCGAGGAAGCUAAGGUGGUGUUGAUUAGGGACAUCAAGGAUCUGGACAAAUACUAAAUAUCUUCUGAUAUUUAUGAGCCUUCUGGAAAUUGAGCUCCACCAACGAGGACUGAGCUUCAUGAAGAAAAAAGGAUAAAUUAGCCUGUUUCCCCUCAUUCAUCCCUCAAAAUGAACUUCUGCCCCCCCUCCCUCCUUUUUCUGAUGUCCACUAUUCAUCUUCACGGGCUCCCACUGUCCUGUGUGGGGGCAGAGAAGGUGUGUCCACUGCACUGCACUUGCUAUGACCCCGCUGACCUGGUGGACUGUCGCGACCAAGGCUUUGCCCACGUCCCCAGAGGCAUCCCGCAUGGGACAUGGCUCCUGGAGCUGGGGGGGAACAACCUAAGCGUGAUCAGCAGCCGCGCCUUUGCCGGACUCUGGUCCCUGCGCGUCCUGGUGCUGACCAACAGCAACAUCCGGGACAUCCAACCACAGGCGUUCUUUUCUCUGUCCUUCCUGGAGAAGCUGGAUCUCAGCUGGAACCAGCUCGCCACUCUUCCCGUGGACUUCUCAGCCAGUCUGUCGGCUCUCAAGGAGCUGCGCCUCGAGCACAACGACCUCCGCUACAUAUCUGGUUACAGUUUGGAGUUCUUGGAUAACAUGGAGAAGCUGGACCUCAGUCAUAACCGCCUGGUGUCCAUGGGCCCCGGUGUGUUCAGGGGCCUCUCCAGACUCAGACAGCUGUAUCUGAACAACAACAGACUGACGGCAGUGCAGCAGGGAAGCCUGGACAUGCUGCCGGGGCUGGAGGUGCUGCAGCUGAGCAGCAAUAACAUCUCCCACAUCGACAGCGACGCGCUGGCUCCUCUCUACAGUCUGGCUGAUCUCAGUUUGGAGGGAAACAGCCUUCAUCACCUGAAGUUUAAGACCUUCAUCAGCCUUCACACCACAGCUACACACAUCCAGCUGUCAGGGAACCCGUGGAGCUGUGACUGCGAGCUGCACCGAGUCUUCAGCAAGAUCCUGCACGUUCGUCACCUCCACAUCGACGACUACCAAAACGUGACAUGUCAGGAGCCCCCGCAGCUGACGGGGGCGUCUCUGGCCUGGGUCGACAGCCAGCUGUGCAUCGCAGAGACCGCCACGGUGCUCGUCAUCACCGUCACCGUGCUGGUCACUGUGGUGGCCGCCGUGGUGAUGGCGGAGAGGAACAGGAAGCGGAACCGCCGGAAGAACUGGGACACAGAGUCCCAGAGUCCUCCGUCUUGAUUAGCAAAGCCCGAUGAUCAUGAUGACUGGGGCUCCAACCUUUCUGAUGAUCAUCAUAAGGAUUUUUAUUGUGAAUCCAGAAUUUAUGACAGUUGCUGCUGUGUUUCAUGACAGUUGUCUUUCCUUUUAACGUCAGAGAUCUGAAGAUUUAUCGCUUCGUUGAGUAAAUAUCUUUUGGAGUUGGAAGAAGUCAAAGAUGUAAAAGCUUAGAAGUUAUGGUCCCAGACGUUGUUUAAACCCUAAUAAAGCUUUUAGUCUUUUGAAAUUGGGCAACAUUUCGUUUCCAGAUGUAUUUUUUAUUUAAUUAGCGACAUCAUUAAUUAUUAACAAAACAAUCUCAUUUUACUAUAAAACUGCCUCCUGAAUCUCUCGAGGAAAACGUGUCCCACACCUCAUGCAAUAAGAUCUGAAAACUUGCCUCCUGAAGUCUGACCUUGCAUUACUCAGUGAUGAAUUCAUGAUUGUCCAAUAGAUAUCUGCAUGUUUGAUGCCUUCAAUACUAAAAAAUAGAAGAGAUGAAGAAGCUCCGAUAAAAUGCCGUCCAUUUAGGAAUGACUGCUCAAACAGCAGCAAUGGGGAACCACAAGCUAAGGAUCGUGCACGUCAAAUUGGUGCAAAGGAGAUUGUGGAAUAAGCGCAAAGGCUGCUGGAACAAACAAACAGACUCCAGCCCCUGAAAUGGUCUGAUUUCCAGUUAUCACAAGUUACGGUUGAUUUCUGUCAUUUGAACACAGGAGUGGAGCACUCAGACCACUGCAGCGCACUAUUUCCCCUUUUUCCCUGCAGCAAAAAAAGAAAAACACAACUGUGUCAGCUUUUGUUACCAUGACUGGUUCCAUAUCAAGCUCAACAAUUGCAAUUCCUAAUUCUUUCUGUCUAAUGUAAACAUAUUUACUAAAACAGAAAAUACAAACACUUUCUACCAGUUUUUGUGAUGUUUUUAUCUUCUUUUGGAUUUGUGUUAAAGUUGCACCAGUGAAUUCCCAUCUUCCAGGUAUGCAAGACAAAAAUGCACAACACUGCCUGCAGCGAAGCAUCAUCUUGGCAAAUUAUAUUGCAUGUUCAAAAUUGAUUUGAUUUGUAUCACUGCUCCCAGUUUUUUGUAAGUCCUACCAGAAAGCCCCAUAUUUAAUUUGUAUUAAAAGCAUCUGUGCAAAA